GAAAGGAACUCCCCGCUCUACACUCCGGCCUUAUAACAGCGCUUUUCUCCCUCCCCUCCCUCAUUUCAUCCGGUUCCUCUGAGCGCAAGUCGUCUCUAGGAACUUCUUCUUUCUUCUCCUUCGAAAAUGAGACCCAUUCUCCUUUCUGGGCACGAGCGUGCGCUCACCCAGAUCAAAUAUAACCUCGAUGGCGACUUGAUCUUCUCCGUCUCCAAGGAUCAGCAGAUUUGCGUCUGGUACGCCCACAACGGCGAGCGUCUCGGAACAUACCACGGCCACGUCGGUGCCAUCUGGACUGUCGAUGUCGACCCCACCUCCACCAUGAUUGCUUCAGGCUCUGCCGACAACACGAUUCGCCUCUGGGAUGUCAAGUCUGGUCGCUGCCUUAAGGUCUGGGAGUUCCCCACCGCUGUCAAGCGCGUCGAAUUCAACGAAGACGGAACGAAGCUGUUGGGUGUCACCGAGAAGCGCAUGGGAUACCUGAGCAACAUUAUUGUCCUCGAUAUCAACCCCGACGUCGACGCCGAGCAGAGCGAUGAGCGAGUUUUGACCAUUGUUUGCGACGAGAGCAAGGCCACCGUUGCCGGAUGGAGCGCCCUCACCAAGUACAUCAUUGCCGGACACGAGGAUGGCAGCGUCAGCCAGUACGACGCCAAGACCGGCGAACUCUACGACAACUUCCCCAUCCACGAGCUCAACCAGCCUAUUGUCGAUCUCCAGUGGUCCACUGACCGCACCUACUUCAUCACUGCCAGCAAGGACAAGACCUCCAAGCUGAUUACUGCCCGUGAUCUGACCGUCAUGAAGACGUAUCCCAGCGACACCCCUCUCAACAGCGCCACCAUCACACCCAAGAAGGACUUUGUCAUCCUCGGUGGUGGUCAGGCCGCCAUGGAAGUCACCACCACUGCUGCCCGCCAGGGUAAGUUCGAGGCCCGUUUCUACCACAAGAUCUUCGAGGACGAGAUUGGCCGUGUCCGUGGUCACUUUGGUCCCCUCAACACCGUCGCUGCCGACCCUACCGGCAAGAGCUACGCCAGUGGUGGUGAGGACGGCUACGUCCGUGUCCACCACUUCGACAAGGGUUACUUUGACUUCUCCUACGAGGUCGAGCGUCAGCGUCUGAACAGAAUGCAGGAGUAAGUGAAAGCUUUUAUGUUUUGGGAAAUCUGAAAAAAAGGAAAAAGGCCUGGGAAAAGACUUGAUUCUUUUUAAUGGUGUUUGAUUUUUGCCUGCCAUAACCAGAACAAAAGGACGACCCUCCUAUCUCUCUGCCAAAACACAUCUCAUCGUUAGGCCGCGACGAGGUGGGCCAAGGGCGGGAAUUCUUUUUUGUGUUAUGGGCUUGCAUAUAUGUAUGGCGUUCGUUUUCAUAGUGUUUGGUUAUUGCAAUUCUGCCAAAAAAGGAACGGAAGGGUGGGUGAGAAUACCGACCCCUCUUGACGAAGAACGAUGACGAAUGGACCGAAUGGUGGGAAAGACGGCGGUAGAUGCCGAAGGAUUUGACAUCACGAUCAUGUAUUUCAAAUACCACAUUCUUCAUAUAGUAGCAGUAGUGGAGAGUACACAAACAAAUUCAUCAAUAAUGUUCUAUGCAUCUCUGG